GACAUCCUCUGGCAAAGAGUUCCACAGCUCGACUGUGCGUUGUGUGAAGAAAUACUUCCUUUUGUUUGUUUUAAACCUGAUGUCUAUUACAGCAAAAUAUUUUCAGCAUGAUCAUCCUGACAUCAUCAAAGAAGCCAUGAUUUUAAAAUCUUGAUUCCCACUCUUGUUUCAAUAAUGAUAAUCUCAGUUUAUUAGUAUGAUGCCAUAGAAACAAAGCAUAACUAUGUUCAGAUAUUCAUUAAUCUUCCAGUUACUGUUCACCCGGAAGCAGAUCAAAUACUACUGGAGUCAAGCGUAAGGCUGCCACAGACUUUACUGGACUUUGAAUCAGUUUCUCUGUGUCUUAUUCAAAGCCCAUUAAAGUAAAUAGACUUUAUUGACUUCAGUUCACUUUUGAUCAGGCCCACUAUGAUGACAUUUUAGGCAAUAUUCUGCCCUCUUACACCCAGAUGUGGACUUUUCUUCAAAAAUACAUCACUAAAAAAAACCCAGCUCAAAUGUUUUACAAAAUCUCUAGAUCUUUUAGGUGAGAAUUUCCAUGUGGAUCUCAAUUAAAUAUUUUUUGUGUCAUGUAAAUAGGAUUUAUUCAUCAUUGUUAAAACAUAUAUUCCAAAAUGAAUAUACAAUUAAAGACAGUUUCUGAGGGGUGGUUCCUGUUAUAGCCAUGGGGUUGAAUUUUGGUUUACAGAAUUAGGUAAAUGUAUGGAUUUGCCUUAGGACAGAAUUAUUGGCUAUAUGACCAUCAUUUCUGCAAUCCAGUACUAAAGUGAAGGAAGGAUGGGUAAUUUGCAGGCUCAAGGACUAAUUUGAAUGCUAUGUUCAUGUUCACCUUCUGGUUGGCUCUCAACAUUUCAAGCAGACAUAGCUAUAAUCUUGUUUUCAAACACUGGUGCUACUGUUUUUGAUUGCAUGUGAUGUAAGAAUGUGAGGUACAGCCACAUUACUUAAUAAUUACUCCAAAAUGUAUUGCAACAUUCUGAAAUUCUUUCUCUGGCAGUAAAAUUCAGAGUGGGAAAGAAAUAUCUAAUUCUAUGCUUCUCUGAAUGGAAAUACAUGCCAGAAUGCUUCAGAUGUGUGGGAUUUGCAUUUAUUUCCAGCUAACUUGGAGAACAUAUUUUUAGUAUCUGUGGUGGUCAAGUUGGGGAAUACAAAAAAGGCCAUGAAAUAAUGGCAUCUGGGUCCUGUAAACGAUAAAUCUCUUGAGUACCUCUAUGAAAUGAUAUAACAUAUUUCAAGUGACCUUUUUCAUACAGAUGACUCUUGUUGAGAUCAAACCAUCUUGAUGGAACAUUGCAUUUUUUUUUAAUUUUAAACUCAAACUGGAUUGUUCUAUUUUCCUCAUUAGAAAAUGCCUUUUUUACCGUGCACAAAGGAAGUGAGACCUUUUAUUCAAAUGUGUGAAAAGUCCCCAAAGGGGAAAAAUUUGUAAUUGUACUUGACUAAACAAAGUUCAAACAGUAAACAGCUAUUCUGUCAUUUAAAAAUACAGUGGGCCAAAUUCUCCUCUCUUGCAUAGGUAAGACUUCAUAGUAGUCAAUGGUAAAACUCCAAUUGACUUUAGUGGGCUUUGGAUCAGGCCCCAUGCCAUGAGAAUGCAGCAAAUAGUUCUGCUUCUGCAAAGAUGCAUCCCAAGGCUAACGUGGGGAGCAGAAAAUUGAGCAUAUAAAAUAAUUCAAUGUUUCUUCAGAGGCAGAGGUUUGAAAACGUGUUUAAUGACUGAAGAACAGGCUUUUCUUAGCUUUUAAAUGGAGUGGAUCAAAUCAAGCACAGUCUCACAUCCUGCGCAACACCUCUGGAGUCAUCAGAUUUGUACAGAUCAACGGGAGACAAUGGGUUUGCACAGGGGGUACAUCAAAGCAGGAUUUGGCCCAUCUACUUAAAUGAAGUUGCAUUAGUUUAACUGAGAGGGAUAUUUGGCCUGAUGAGGCUAAGGUAACAUGAGAUUGUAAAUACACUUUAUAAUAUAAUAACGUUGGGCUGACUGGACACCAAGUCAGGGGCAGCACAUCUUUGCACUGCCCCAGCUGCGGAACUGGGAGAGAACUGACACUAACGUCAUAUCCCCGGCCAUUUUUUCUCUUUCUUCCAAGGUGGAGGUAAGAGGCGCCAGCCCUUCUGCAAUGGCUCAGUGCCGCUGACUGAUGAAUUUGAGGGGCAGAGUCAAGGCUCCAUCCACUCCUUGUCCCUGCCCACCAACCUGCAUGGCAUGGGAGUAACAGCUGGAAGUGCUCCUAGGAAUCCAGGUAGUUUACCAUCCACUCCAGUUUCCCUGUUGGUCUGCCUGCCAGAGUCUUAUAUACAUGAUGACAUCACUCAUAGCUGGAUCUAUACUGUCAACAAGUACAAGGAAAACAUGCUUGAAAAGCAGUAAGGAGUUUCCAGCCCGUUUUCACCCACAGAGACUCUGUCAUGUUUUCUUUAUCGCGCUGCUGCUAACUUCCCAGGUAUUUCUGAGUCUCUUUGUUCUGAAAUUGCAUCAGGAGUUGGAGACAGUAAAGCAGAAGCAAGUUACAACACAGAAGGAUGCUGAGCAGAAGGAUGUGGAAACAAACAGCAGAGGAGAAUCCAAACAAAAAGACUUGAGCCAGAAGGUUGAUGAACUGAAACCAUCACCAUCCACUCCCAAAGCCAAAGACCCCAGAAAUGAUGUUUCCAUUGAGGACACUGUCUCCCUGAGACAAAGAGUUGAUGUGUUAGAAAUGGGUAUGAAAUCCAUAGAGAUGAUUGUUUCCCAAAAACCUGAAGAAAUGAAAUUAAUGUUGGCUCAGCACAACAGUGAAAAUAGCUCUGAGGAAGAAAUUCAGGGGACUUCUUAUCUACUUGCGUGUGUUCAUAAACUGAAUAUGUCUACAGCAAUGGAGGUCCAAGAAAUGAAAGGCAGAAUAAUGCAGCUGCAAAACCACAUGCUUAAUUUCACAGGCCAGUUCCUCAAUAUGGAGGGAAGAGAUGAGUCUCUGAUGCAUUCUCUAAACUCACAGAAUCUUUUUGAGUCUAAGAUGAAUGUCAUGGAAAAACAAUUUAACAAUGCCACUGAGGCUUUGAAUAGCCUUCAAAACCGCCUUGAAGAGGGAUUGGAUUCAGUGUUCCUUCAGAUCUCUCAGCUUAAAGAUGAUUUCUAUUUUAUUGAGAACUUCUUGAACCACACAGAUAUGGGAAGCUCAAAGUCUUAUGUGUCCACAUCUGAAUUCUUAAAGGAAACAGGAGAAGAUACACCUUCAACUUUGUCUCCAUCUUCCCCAAAUUAUGCACCAGUGAAAGACCCAACACACCCAAUUCUUCUGGGUCAUCAGACAGAAGCCAUGGAGCCAGAGACAGUGGAAAAGAAGGACAAAAUAAACAUCGCUUUCAUAAAGAAACUUACAGACCUCCAAGUCUUUUUCUAUGGUGCCGACAAAAAUGCAAAUGGAUACCUGACAUUUACUGAGAUAGAAAACGUCCUGGGAGAAGAUGCACCUCAGAAAGAGGAAUUGGAAGAAUUUGAUGAUGAUAACAAUAAGAUGUACUCCUACCUUGAAUUGAGAAAAGCCCUUGAGCUGACAGAAUAACUGAGAAGACUACUUGUAAGGCUGAGAGAUGCAUGCAAUGUUCUGGAUCUUGAUUUUAUUUUACAGAAAAGAAAAUCACUUGGAGGUUUACUUUUUAAUUGGUCAUUCUUUUGGAACAGCAAAAUAUCAAUUAUAAAAGGAUAAAAUGCACACCAUAUUUACCAUAGUAGCCAUGUGUUGCAGAAUAGCUAGAGGAGACUUCUCACAAUGUUUAACUCACUUUGUAAUUGGCAAACAGAUUACUAAUGGGGACCUCCCCUCCUAAAAUCAGAUAAUUGUACAGUGGAAGGCUGAUGUAACUGGGAUUCAGGAGAUUUCCUUUGCAACUUCCUAUGCAGAGACUGUCCAGUUUGGUCAAUGUACAUAGUCUCUAAGGUGCCACAAGUACUCCUGUUCUUCGUCCAAAGUGUCUGUCAUGACAACUGUGUAAAUUAAGGGGACAUCCAAGAGCAAAUUCAGCCAGAAAGACUUGUCCUCUAGCCACUAAGUGAGAGAGAACAUCAGAUAUAAGAGUAAUGGUAAGCAAAUAGAAUCAGACUGAAGUGACUAAUACAUGUGCCAAACUGAAGUGUCUGCAGAUGAAAACUUGACAAUUGUAGUUCUAGACAUGCCAACAUAGAAGCCAGCUUAUGAACCCACGCUAUUAUUGAGUCCAGCUGAAUUAUGAGAGAAACUCAAGACCUCAGAUUCAUAAUUCUUUGUAGAGAUGAUAAUAUUUUAUUGAUCAGCUUGAAUGACACAUCUCUGCCCCAAGAUAAAUCUGCUUCUGGGAUGAGAAAAGAGAACUUUUUAUUUAUUCUAAACCAAGCUGUGGGCAGACAAGACAAGGCAAGGUUACUCUUUUGUAUCCCUUAUACCAUAGGACCCAGACAACAAUUCUGGAUCAGCUACAAUUCAAAUAUUCCAGCUGAUGGAGCCAAGUAUAUGCAUAAAAUAUGUUUAAAUCUCUCUGUCAACAUAGCAAAAAAUGACCAUUCUACAUGUUACUACUGAUUCAUAGUGAUUCCAUCAAGACAGAUGCUUUGCUUUACAGAGAAGGAUAAAGUGUGUGGGGAAAGGGCCGGUUGUUGUCCUUGAGAAAUAUAGGAUUAAUGGUCAGGGAUCUUCAUUUGGUAACUUUACGUGCUAACAAGAAAAGUAAAUGAGGAUAAUGAUUUUUAAUAUGGCAAAUAGAGUACUAAUUAUGUGAAAGAUUUGUCUGCAUUAUGUAUAGGACCACAUUUUAAAGGAAUGACUUUUUGUGUAUCCUUAAUGCCUGAAUUUCUUUGUGCAUAUUGGACAACCAGGCAGGAACACAGCUGUGUGCAGAAAUCUCCAUUUGCAUAAAUAUUUGUGCAUACAAAUCCUUAUUUGCAUAAAGAUUUAACCUACAAUGACAAUUAAAAU